UCAAAAAAGAAAAGAACAAAAAUGGAACUAAAACAAACCAAAGUGAUGUUUUUCUUGGUAGCCCUAAUCUUGGCAUUGAAUUUCCGACCAUCGGAAGCAGCUCCGCCGGUCAGAUAUUGUUCAACAUUAUUCAUAGAAAGAGCGCCAAGAUGUUACGAAGCGUUGAGAAGAGCGGUGCACAGAGAUGUUAGUUUGUUAACAGGAAAAUGCUGCAGAGCAGUAUUCGCAACACUUCCAGUUACUUGCUUCUUGAAACUUACUUCUGAACUUGAAUUGCCAAUGACUAACUUCAGAAAUAUUUGUGAUGCUGUUAAGCCUCCAACUUCAUGAUUUUUCUGUAUCUUUCAAUUAUAAAAUAAAUAAUGAAAUAAUA